UUGGAAAAAGUGCACUGUGUUUAUGCGUGCGUUGCAACACACCAAUACCUUGAAAAUGUACAUUCUCUGGACCAGAGUUGGACCAAACUCUGCGGACUGCCUCUGUUUUCUCCUUCUACUAACCACGCAUUUCUCUGCAUAGGCACUACACCCUCUCCUGGACAUUUACAAGAAAUGCAAUAACAACCCUUCCAUUUAAUUUACCCAUUUCCUGUUAGAGAGCUCCAGCUAUUUAGUAUUGCACUUCCAUAAAGUGUGGGAUGACGAAUUAUCACAAUUGAAGAAGUAGAGGUUUGGUUCAAGCUCUGAAGUCCACACCACUAAUUUGUAGCAAAGAGUGUCACACUUGGCUUACCCCCUGGUUGUGGGCAUAUGUGCGGCGCUGGUUGCUGUUGUUGUCGCGCUCUUGGCUGUUUUUAUUCUGCUGCUUCACAAAUGGAAGAUAAAUAAGGGAAGUGAUGGUUUGAACACCAGGGAAAAGUCAGACAACACAAACACAGAGUUUGUCACCUAUGAAAACUGGGAUCGAGCCACCUGGGGCGACUCCACAUACCAGAGCCUUGAUCCAGCCAGCAGAGACCAGGACCAGCUCUACUUUACCUUCACAUAGGAUGUGCCGUUGUUGAAUGGACACUUUUUUAACAUAAAAUCUUUCAGUGCAAAUGUGUGCGAUUCCUUUUUUGAACAUCAUUGGUCCUUCAUCUGAUGCACCUUCUGCUGACGGACUGUGUGGGACAAAGUAAAGGAAGGGAUCAUUCACUAAUCUAAGUCUAAUCAGGUGUCAGUUAUGAGUCAGACAGCAGUUCGACCUGAUGGUGGAGGCUCGAGGCAGAAUCUCCAGAUUCAGAUUUAUUCAACUUGAGAAAAGGUCUGAAUGACCAACGGUUGCUGUAGUGAACUUUUACAAUAAACUGUUUACAGGAAGUAAGAGUUUUAAUGCAGCAAAAUGACUGAGUACCUGAGCAUUUACCUAAAGCUCAGUUCUGAGAAUCAAGAGAGGGAGUGGGUGAGAGAGCAGGAAAACAUGUUGAAAUAAAAACUUAACCACAACCUCACUGAGCAAUUUAGUGGAAGCUGAAGUGAGGAACUAAGUUUGUUUAUACAUCAGAGACACAGUGGAAAGUAAAGUGGUAACAUUUCUCCUGCAGUUGAUUAAUUUCUCUUCAUCAGGAUUAAAUUCAGAAUGAAUAUCCACCAUGCUCUGCUCUUCUGCUGCUUAUCAGCACUGUCUGAUAGAAACACUGGUCUUAUCAAUGCACAGACAAUUUUUACAAAAACUGAAGGAGAAGAUUUCAAACACAACUUCACUGUUAUGAAGGCUGAAAAAAGCAGAAAGUACCUCUGUAGGAAUGAGUGCAAAGAAGGAGACGUGCUCAUCGAAACACACGGCAGAAGAGCUCAGAGCGGCAGAUACAUCAUUAGAUAUGACGGUGUUUUGAAUGUAGCCAUCACAGAGCUGACCCAGUCCGACGCGGGACGGUACAGGUUUGGUAUAAGCAACUCUUCCACACUGGGUGUAUUCCAGGACUUUAAGAUCAAAGUUAGAGAGCUGUGCGAAGGAAGCGUCGUCAUUGGAGAACCUAGAGAUUAUAGCAGCACCGAAGGAGGAAAUGUCACAAUUAGAUGCUCCUUGGGUGCAGCUGAACGAAACAGGAAGUUCCUCUGUAGGGAGGACUGUAAAAAGGUUCUCAUUGGAACCAUUGAUGUAGUAGCAAAGAGUGGCAAAUACAGCAUUGUGUAUGGGAGCAAUAGAUUCUUCAAUGUGACCAUCGCACAGCUGACCAAGUCCGACUCUGGACGGUACCGGUGUGGUGUAGGAAGACAAUCGUCAGAAAACAGGUGCCUGGAGUUUGAGAUCAUUGUUACAGGUGGUCACACGUUGCCUCUGGUUGUUUGUCUGAUGGUGAUUGUGCUUUUAGCCGUUUCUCUCCUGCUCCUGUACAAAUGGAAGAGAAGAAGCUCCACCGGUGAGUUAACUUCCUGUUAUGUCACCUGUAUCAUCAAUAAUUACAAACUGAGAACAAAGAAAACUUUCUGCUCCACAGAUUUGAAAUGCUGGAGAACCUUGACUCACAGCAACAUGGAGUUUGUCCCCUAUGACGACUCUGCCCGAGCCUCCACGCUGGAAGACCCCGUAUACGAGAACCUCAGUUCACCCAUGUAUGAAACCCUCCACAAACAAGACGCAGAUAGUGAUCAGAUGUACUCCACACUCAGACAACACAUAUGAUUCAUGAUGUUAUUAGUUUUUUUUUCUGAUUUACUCUUCGUUUUCUUUCUGUCUUGUGUGUGUGUGUGUGUGUGUGUGUGUGUGUGUGUGUGUGUUUUUGUUGUCAUUGCUGUUAUGGAUGUUUAUAAAUUGGCACAUGCAAAUGAAAUUUAUUUUUUAUUUCAUGCUUUGUAUCUGUCUUUCUAUUGAAUAAAAAUAAAAGGAAUUUGUUGAGUCUGAGGAGAUUUUGAGAGGUUGUUUCUUGAUGCUUUCAUGAUUUCAAAACUGGACACUUUUUGAGAGUGUUAAUGAGGAACUAGACAUGAAGGCAUUUCUGUUAAAUCUACUUCACUAAAUUUGUUCUGGAUUAACAGGAUUUCUUUGAGGGACAUGUUUUCAUUUUGAUGGUCUUAUAUUGAAGAUCUGGUUUGUUUUUUCUUUUCUACAACACAAUGUUUUCUAGUAUGAGUUGAGGAACAUGUCCCUGAUUCUA